CUCGUGACUGAGAACCUCGGGUUGCCUAAUUUGGCGUAAAGAUCAAAGCAGGUUUCAUUAAUUGAGGUGGAGCGUGCUAAGCCAAGGUGCAGCCUAUAAGAGGAUUCUCAAGAACUUGUUCUAAACAGCGGAAGCUUUCCAUGAAUCCGCCCCACCGAACUGUGAUAGGCGCUCGUGCUAGGGUUCUGUGCGUUGCAUUGCUGGCUGCAUCCAGCCAACCUGCAUCUGCAUCAUUCUUUGACGAGCUGCAAGAUGCCGUUCAGAAUGUUGGCACAUUUCUGAAUGAAAUUGGUGUUGGCGCAACUCAAGUUCUGGAUGGUUGGCGCUUCAUCCAAGACUUUGUUGAUUCAACAAUUGAUGAGAACUGUGACUUCAAAUGCAACCUAGGCUAUGUCCCCAUCAACAACACCAACUAUAUACCAUCAUCAGAUGGUUGUGGCAGUCUUGGCAUCAAGUGGGACACUGAGCAGCUGCCAGUGGAGCAGCUGUCAGACUGUUGUGACGCACACGACCUCUGCUACGACACGUGCGGCGCCGACCGCGACUAUUGCGACCUGGCCUUCAAAAAGUGCCUGUAUGCUGCCUGCGAACGCCAAAAGCGCCAGCUGGACAAAAUCAGUCAGAAAGCAUGCAAGGGCACGUCGAAGCUGCUGUAUACGGGCACGCUGGCUCUGGGCUGUAAGUCGUACCGGGAUGCUCAGAAACGAGCCUGCACAUGCGUCAAGCAGGGGUCGAAAACCCCAUGACAAAGAACUUGAGUGCACUCCUUACGCAAGCGCCAUUUUACGCCAGUGGUGUUGACUUUCUCAGGCAAGGUUUGCAGAUAAGAUAUGCGUUUGUUCAACCAUUGUGGAUUGCACUGUUUUUGUUGUGACGAAUAUCAGCCCAGCUGAGUCCUGGCGUCCCGUGACGAAUAACGAAUCAGUGCGAACUUGGUCGCGCGGGCGAAUGUUAUGAGCUGAAUAAGAGGUGCGAUGGGUGUUGCACUGUGUACCCGUUGCGAUGGUGGUGAUGUAUUUGGUUUUGUGUUGUGUUAUUUGGUCUGAGCUCCGACAGAUGACAGCUCAGACAGGCGGCUUUCCCUGACACGCUGGCCAAAGACUUACUGGUAUACGGUGGGUGACAUUCCUUUCCUGGUGUUCUCCUGCCUUGAUGAUCUAGAAUGUUAGAACAAUGGCCUAUGUUGUAACUCGCAUGAUAUACGUACUAAAUAUUACGUGUGCGGCAAAACACGAUGUGUCCUCAUCCUCGCAUUACUUGAGUUAUCCGCUGGAUUGUAAAACAUCUUCCACGCUGUCAAAUUCCUGGAAAGAUGUCGUCCUAGAAUUGUAGUCGACAGGAUUUUCUAUCCAACAUUUUCCGUUGAACAGAACGGAGGCUGCCUGUGCCUGGUGAGCGACAAAAGAAGAGCUGCGUCAUGAGCGAGUUGUUCGGUUUGCCACCCAGCGAAGGAGCCGGACAGUGUGGCUGGGAUCAUGGACGCCCACUCCGAUCUGCACCGAAGUUAACAUCGGCUGAAUUGACUGAUAUCUGUUGACGGUCCGUUCAGGAGAUUCAUGACAUGCGAACAUCGUAGUAAUAUAUUUUUGUGCAGAGCGGAUCAACGCAUGGUGUAUGGACAAACUGCUGCGUUGUCUCGCUGUUGCGGAUGUAUAUCAAUCCUUGAAAACCUUCCAUCCAUGCUGCGCAACACCUUGUGAGGUUUUUCCCAAAACACUCGCGGCAAACUAAGUCUUUCAUGAGAUAUUUGCUUCUCGAUAUACUAAGAUGUGAAGAUCUGUCACGUCUAUGAUCUGUACCCACCGUGUGAUGAUCUGACAAGUGGAAUAUGCGAGUAAUAGCCAGCGUAUCGUGUCCUACGGGAGUGUCGCUGGUGACUUUUUUGUGCUUACUACCCGAAUUUGGAAUUCAAUUCAUGAGUACCGUGUUUAGGUUACCUGACUGGCAUUCAAAUAACAUUCGGAGGCAAAGUACGAGGCUUGACGUAAGAGCCAGGCGGGACUGCCCUCUGUCAAACCUUUACACCCGUACACUUCGUUUUAUGUCGCAGCUAAAGUUUUGAAAGUCGAGCCUGUAACAAGUUGAAAAGGUCGAGUGUAUCUUAACCUCUCCAUGCAGUGUCUAUAUUAUGUGCUGCCGAAGUGUGUGUGUGUGUGUGAGGGUAGGAGGAUAUCCUCGGGGCACGCAUAGCCCGUCGCUGUUGAGCUUGGCGUGUCGGACUUAUGACAGGAGCUUGCGCGUGCACUGUCCUUUGUCCUAAAUACAAGGAUGCUCGGAUUGUU